AUGGCACCUAAAAAAGAAACUGCUACUGCAACUAGUGCCAAGAAAGCAGCAACAAAAGGAGUUAAUGGCAAAAUCGCAAAAAAAAUUCGUACCUCAACAACUUUUCAUCGUCCUAAAACUCUUCGACUUUCACGAGAUCCAAAAUAUCCUCGCAAGUCCGUUCCGCAUGUAGCACGGCUAGAUAAAUUCAAGAUUUUAAAAAACCCAUUAAACACCGAAUCAGCAAUGAAAAAAAUUGAGGAUACAAAUACAUUGGUUUUUAUUGUUGAUACUAGAGCGAACAAACGUCAAAUUAAAGAUGCAGUUAAAAAGAUGUAUGAUGUAGAUGCUCAAAAAAUUAAUACAUUGAUAAGACCUGAUGGAACUAAGAAGGCUUAUGUGCGUCUUACAAGUGACGUUGAAGCUUUAGAUGUUGCUAAUAAGAUUGGAUUUAUUUAA